AUGCGAAUACAAUCCUUGGUUGUGCUGGGGACGGUCUUCUCGGGCGCUAUUGCUCAUCCUGAGCCUGGUGCUGAACUGUCGUCGAAAUGGCCUUCUACCACAACUGGCCCCGUUACAGCGCCAACACCCGCAAUACUGCAGGGCAAUAACGGCCCAAGAAACAAACGUUACGAACGUGGGUGGCUUUUAGAAAAACGAGAUUCAACUACGGAGGAUGCUGCAACCACCACAGAAGACAUUACCAGCACGACUGAAGAAGCAACAACAACAACAACAGAGGCCACCACGCAGGCUGAUACCACGACGGCCCCCACAACCACUGAUGCCACAACUACGACGGAGUCCUCGACGACAACCACCUCGAGCACGACUAGCACGACUAGUUCCACCAGCUCGACAACCUCGACAACCUCCUCAACCUCGACCACAUCCUCUACAUCCCAAUCGACGAGUAGCAUGACAACGACCACCACAAAGAGCACAUCCACUGCCGCCACAACGACCAGCUCGACAUUUACUGCGACAACCACAACUAGUGCUGAAAUGCGAGAAUACAAUCGUCGUGGACACAUAGCCGCCAUCAUCACUUUUAGCAUACUGGGGGCUAUCUUCUUUGGUUACGGUUUCCUUCACUGCUAUCUGUCAUCACGAAAGAAGCGCCAGAUUGCAGCGAGAAAGGCAGCAGCCGAGGCCGGAUCAAACUACUCCUUGGUUGCAUUGAACGAGGGUGCAAAAUCACAAAGUGAGGUUAACUUUGACCGGUCCUCUAUGAUGUUCGCUUCUCAGUCUCCGUCUCGUACGGAUUUGUCUUCCAUGGUUCAACAAGGUGCCGGUGCGCAAGGGUAUAGCCAGCCAAUGACGCGACCUUCAUCGCUGGCAGUCAGUGAGACUCUUCACCAAAGUCCGCCAGCUGGUCCGCGCUCUCUUAGUCCCCGGGGAAAUUUCAUCUAA